AUGCCCAACAGGACCUACAUCACCCAAGAGGAGAAGCUGCUGCCAGGACACAAGCCUAUGAAGGACAGGCUGACACUCAUGUUCUGUGCUAAUGCAAAUGGUUAUUGCAAGAUCAAACCACUGCUUAUUUAUCAUUCUGAAACCCCAAGAGCAUUUAAUAGACACAAUGUGAUAAAAGCAAGCCUGCCAGUGAUGUGGAGAGCCAACCCAAAGACUUGGGUCACUAGGAUGUUUUUUAUGGAAUGGAUAGUGCAGGUGUUUGGCCCAACAAUUAAGAAAUAUCUGGAGCAGAACAAGUUACCACUGAAGUGUCUGUUGCUGAUGGACAAUGCUCCUGCACACCCUCCAGAUUUGGAGGCAAACCUACCAACUAACCUUGAUUUUAUCAAUUUAGUUCCUACCACCCAACACCCAACACAACACCUCUGCUACAGCCCAUGGACCAGCAGAUGA